AGAGAGUGUGUGUGUGUGUGAGCGCAAGUGGCAUAUUUGUGUUGGGGGUCAGCAAGAAAGCCUAAAGAACUUCCUCUUUUAAUCAAAAUGUCAAACCGGUAUGUCAAAUAUUUAAUAAUGAAUAAAGAGAAAAAGAAAGAAAGAAUAUAGUCAGCAAAUAAUGAUAGAUAGAUGGAUGGAUGGAUGAAUAGACAGAUAGAUGAAUGGACAACACUAGAAUUAAAAAAAAAAAAAAAAAGAUAAUUCAUAUACGAUUUUUUCUUUUUUCUUUUAAAAAAAAAGUUAUGUUUUGAUCAAGUAUACUCUUCAGACAUUUAUUAAAGUAAUUUGAAUUUGAUUGAUGAGCAACUAUAUAUAUACAUGUAUAUAUGUAUAUACUUUGGACAAUUUAAAUCAAUACCAUCAGCGCACACACAGAAAGAGAAAAUAAGGGGAAGAAAAUAGAUGACUAUUAAAAAAAAAAAGUUUGCCUCUGAAUGAAUUGGUUUAAUCACAAAGGACUUGGUCCCUUUUUUUUUAUUUUGCUUGACUUUGUUAAAAGCAUAACCAAUUGCAUUCAUCUUUACAGCAAGGGCCGUGUUUUGGGUUACGAACGUGCUAAGCGUAACCAAAACCCUAACGUUUCUUUGAUCCAAAUUGAAGGUGUCAAGACUACCAAGGAUGCUCAAUUCUACCUUGGUAAGCGUGUUGCCUAUGUUUACCGUGCCCAACGCGAAGUCAAUGGUUCCAAGAUUCGCGUUAUCUGGGGUCGUAUCGCUCGUGCUCACGGUACUAACGGUGUUGUUAAGGCCCGUUUCCGUAAGAACUUGCCUCCUAAGGUCUUUGGUGCUUCCGUUCGUGUUAUGCUUUAUCCUUCCAAUAUCUAAAUUUGUUUUUAAUAAAUAAUAAUAAAGAAGAAAGGAAAUUUGCAUAUCAUACUAUUCUAUUCCAUUAUGUCUUUAAUACAUAAAAGGGAACUUUUUAUAUAAAUAAAUACAUGUCUUUGUUUAUUAUGAUGUCUCA